CUUGGAGCGGUCUUUACCAACUAAUUCUUUUUAAAGGGUACGAUACGAUUUCUGGUUCUCACUCAUUCUGAUCUUCAUCAUGUAUUUUUCUGCUUUCGUCUUCGCUGCUCUGGCGGUAUUACCUUCUGUCGUUUCCGCCAAAAGCGUCUUCGCUCAUGUCGUCGUGGGAGAUACCGCCGCCCACGAUGUAACAAAAUGGGGUAACGAUAUCCUGCUCGCCAAGAACGCCGGAAUCGAUGCCUUCGUCCUCAACAUCGGGUUCCCGGACUCGAACAUUCCUAUCCAGGUCGCCAACGCCUUUCGGGCUGCAGAACAGGCCGGUAGCGCCUUCAAACUCUUCCUUGCGUUUGAUUAUCUGGGUGGUGGCCAGACUUGGCCGGCUACGGGUGGUGAGACCACCUCGGUGGUGGGCCUGGUUAAUAAGUAUAAGAAUAGUGCGGCGUACUUUAAGUUCAAUGGCUUGCCUUUUGUGUCGACUUUUGAGGGGGGCACGACGAAUAUGGCGGAUUGGGCGCCGAAUGGUCCGAUUCGUUCGGGUACUGGGGGGAUUUACUUUGUUCCUAAUUGGGAUGGUUGUAUGUUUUCAAGCUUACUCACUCUGUUAUGAAAAUUACUGAUUGAUAUUAGCUGGAAUUAACGCCGUCAAGGGUGCUCUUGCUAAUAUUGAUGGCUUCUUCUCGUGGAAUAUGUGGCCUAAUGGAGCUACCAACAAGACCACUGACAACGACUUUGCUUGGAAAAACGCUAUCGGCUCCUCCAAGAGCUACAUGAUGGGUGUCAGUCCCUGGUUUUUCCAUAGUGGUGCUGGUGGUUUAGCACCUUGGGUAUGGAGAGGUGAUGAUCUAUGGGCUGAUAGAUGGGCACAAACACUCACCGUGCAACCCGAAUUCGUGCAGUAAGUUCUCUCCCCACAAAUCCUCAAAAGCAGCAUCUAACAAGAGUCUAGAAUCGUCACCUGGAACGACUACGGCGAAGCUCACUACAUCGGUCCCAUUGGCGCCGCAAGCGAAAUCCCUACCGGCUCAGGCCAAUACGUAAACAACAUGCCACACGACUCUUUCCGGGACUUCCUCCCCUACUACAUCGCCAGAUACAAAGGCAGCUCCUUCACCAUCUCACGGGACCAACUCCAAUACUGGUACCGCACCGCACCUGCAGCCGGGGGCCAAACCUGUGGUGUUACCGGCAACUCCGCAUCCCAGGGACAAAGUGUUGUUUCCCCUAACCAGGUGAUGCAAGAUGGUAUUUUCUUCUCGGCGCUGCUUAGUGCGGAUAGUGUAGUUACGGUGCAGAUUGGCAGUGGACCGGUGGUCCAGAAACAGGGGAAGACUGGUAUCAACCAUUGGAGUGUGCCGUUUAAUGGGCAGACUGGUGUUCCGACUUUCAAGGUGGUGAGGAGUGGGGUCACCGGGAAGGGGACGGCUAUUACGUCGUCUACGACUUUGGCGAGCGGGUGUACGAAUUAUAAUGUUUGGGCGGGUAGUGCUUAG